AUGGUGCUGAACAGCUGGCAAUGGAGGCUGUUUUUCCUAGCACUGACACUCCUUUUGGGCUCAUUUGCCACUGGACACUUGCUUGAGAUUUCGGACCUCGGCCGUGGAACCAGCAUCGGGGCUCUCUACGAUGUCGUGACUGGUGAGAUUUUGGACGUGGCCCUGUGGUCAAACAAUGUGACGAACAGCUCUGACCUGGUGCGGACAAUCCCAGCACACUACGCGCGCUUGUCCUUUACUCGCAGCGAGAGGACGGAGGACCGAGCAAGUUUGCAGAGUCUGAGUGGCGAGGUUACAGGGAGUAUUUUAGGCGGCUUCCUCUCUGUGAAAGGCUCUGCUCUGGUCUUGGAACACAAGCGCCGGAGCCGGUCGACCGCGGAGGUGGUUGCCAACUACCACAUUGAAACUCGCAAAACCGUCAUCAAUGCAUACGACCCACGGCUUUGCAAAGAACAAUUGCAAGUGGGGGAGUUUCCCGGACUGAAGCGUGCAACGCACGUUGUGACUGGCAUUCUGUAUGGAGGCGAUUGUGCUGCCAUUUUCAGUACUGAAUCGGCAAGCCGCUUUGACAAGUCUGCAGACCUAACAAAGAUAGAGGGCGAGAUUGAUUUCUGGCUCGGCAGUUAUACGCAGACCUUGGUGGAGCGAGAUGAUAUCAAGGAGUCUUCCAGUGCCUCGAGCAGCAUCACCGUGGAGAUUUUUGGAGAUCUUCUCCCAGAAGGUCCGCUGCCAGGUGAUGUCGAAUCCGCUGUUCGCUUCAUGUCGGCCAUGCCACAGCAAAUGGUGAGCCAGGGCGACCUGCCUAAGAGGCUUUUCCUAACACCACUCUCGGAGCUUCCAUGUGACGAGCAAGCUGGGCGAAGGCUUGAACGUGCCACGCUGCAGCACUAUUUUGAGUUGCCAGACCGCUUUGUAACCCUUAGUAUCAGGCUGCUGGAAGAGUUGGACACAGCAGAGCAGUGCCUUAAUGAGCUGUCACUGCGGCCUCACCGAGGCUUUAUCUCUUUGCGACAGGCAAUUCACUGCCAUCUGGAGAAUCUUCAGGAUUACCGGAAGCAGUUCAGGCAGCAACUCAAAGAAUCCACGCAAGCCUUCCGAAAUGACGGCGCCGAGCAAAAACUUGAUUAUUUGGUGCAGAGCUUCUAUGAAAGUGGAUACAGUCUACAGGAGACACAGAGCUUGUGCAACAAGUUGCAAACGAAGUGGUCGACAGCAGAUGAUGUUGCGGAUUUCAUGGAGCAGUCCAACUUGCAGAUGGGAAACCACAUCUCGGACUUCAUUGGUCCAUCUCUGAAUCCUCGAGUACACUCCGCAUACCAGUUUCUCUUUGUAGGCGAGCCCGACAGUGUAGAGAAUCGGGAGAGUGUCAAGUUGCUGAAGGACUUUGCACACUUGGCUGGACAGCGCAAGAGAGUCUCAGGCUCCUCUUGUGACGACUGCGAACCCGUGAGCUUCUCCGCGAUCCAGUUCGACAGUUUUUGCUUACAAUUUUGCCGGCCGGAGCAAUGCCAGCUUUGGUGCAAAAACUGUGGAGAGGGGACAGAUUUGUCGAACUCUACUGCCUCAAGUGAUUUAGUAUUUCUGAUGCCGCAACAGGAGUCGUGGUGCGAGGUGCCUCAAAGCAGAGUGUUGCUGUCUGUGAGGAAUGCACAGCCUCAGGUCGUUAAUGUGCAGCAUAUUCAACCCCCCAGUUCCUUGGACCUGCUGGAGGUGCGGUACAAUGGUCAUGAGAUUGAGUUGAUUCUAGGGAAUCAAUCCAGCUGCGCUCCUCCAGUCUUGCGACACGUGCUACGUGUUUCUUGGGAGACCAAGGAAGACUCUAUGCACCUCUAUUCUCAACACCGAGAUUUUGAGAUCUAUGCGCCAGAGGAUGCGGCCCGCAUUGUCUUGGAUGCUGGGCGAGUGUAUUCCUUCCAAGUGGCCGCAGUGAACCAGGUGGGUAUCGGCCCCUUCUCAUCCAAACGACGGGCCAUGGCCACUUCGACAUCUUCUGAAAGAAGGCUUGCAGCGUUUGCAGGCUUGUUCGGGUUGCCGGUGCCAGUGGUAGGCCUCCUUGCCUCCCGGGAAGCCGUCCUCUCCCUGCCUGAGACUAAGCGGAACCGCGUGCCCAGCUGGCGUUGUGUCCAAGUCACCAUUUCCUUGUCCAGCGACACACAGGAGGAGAUCUCUGGAGUUAGGUUUUCAGAUGCGGAGAACGUGCACCAGAAUCUCACCUGUGCUGCACGGAUGUCAUCCUACAACGAAAUACAUUGCACCAUCCCAACCCGGAAAACUUCAGUAGACAUCCUUUGGAAUGUCGAGGUGCUUGGCUUCGACAGACCCAUUGCUGAGCUUGGCCAUCUGCUUCAAGAGGCGCCAAGUGUCCAAGCUUGUCGAGAGUGGAGCCAGGCUGACUAUUGCCAUUCAAUAGAGCCGACCUGUGUGAAGACGUGUGCUGAUUGCGCGGCCCGGCCACAUGCCCAUGCCCCUCCCAACUGCAGCUCUGUGGAUGCAGGCCAUUACUGGAGUGAGCUGACAGGCGUCCCUGUCAAUGGCAACCGCCAGGAUGAAGCAGAUUUUGAGCUUGAGAACGGAGAAGUGUGCCCACUUGAGCCCGAGCCGUACUGGAAAGAGGAUGCAAGCUUCCGCCGAUUGACACCAACUCACAGACCUGCUCCUGCCAGCCUCGUGCUUGACAUUCGGCUGUGGAGGAGCGAGGUGGCUGCCAGUUGCCAGGCAACUUCGCAAGUUGCCCCAGACAAAUGCUCACGGCAAGUGGUCAGGGCUGUGCCUAGCCCAAUUCAGCAGCUGAGAGACCAGCUGAACAGUUCGGUCUUGCUGAUCAUGGAGGCGUGGUUAAUGGUUCCGGAAGCGACAGUUUUCUCGAAGGAUCCAGAGACUCUGUGUGGAGCUCAGUUGCUUCAGAUUCAUGAAGUGAGUUGUCCAAAAUAUCGGAUGCGGUGA